UUUUCCUGUUCCCGCAGAGGCCCUACUAUGAAAUAUGCCAAGAUCUUCUCCGCUCGAGAGCUCGAGAAGGCAACCAACAAUUAUGAUGGCAUUAGAAUCCUAGGCAGUGGCCGCCGAGGCACUGUCUACAAGGGAACCCUGGAGGAUGGCUCAAUAGUUGCAGUAAAAAAAUCACAAGAGGUGGCCCCAAGCGAAGUUGAUCGAUUCAUAAAUGAGCUCAUCAUACUGACCCAAGUUGAUCACAAGAAUAUCGUCAAGCUCUUGGGCUGUUGCUUGGAGACCCAAGUCCCUUUCCUAGUCUAUGAGUUCAUCUCCAGGCAUACUUUAUACCAAGAACUCCAUGGAGAUGGUAAUGAUUCAACUCCACUUCCAUGGAAAAACCGCCUCCGGAUAGCUACUGAGAUUGCUGGGGCUCUUUCACACCUACACUCAUUCGCAUCCAUGCCAAUAUUGCACAGAGACAUCAGGUCAUCCAAUAUACUACUAGACAAGAAUUACACUGCCAAGCUUGCUAACGUUGGAUUUUCUAAACUUGACCUACUUGAUAAAAACUGGGUUUCAAAUGUGUUGAAAGAAACGCUACUGUACUUGGAUCCUGAGUACUUCAAAACGGGAAAGUUAACGGAGAAGAGUGAUGUAUAUAGCUUUGGAGUGGUUCUGGUGGAGCUCUUGUCCGGGCAAACGCCCACUCAAGGUCGGAUGAAGCGAGAUCACAAAAGCCUGGUGGUUCACUUUCUAUCAUGUGUUGAAAGAGGGAAUUUUUUCAUGAUCCUAGAUCAUGGAUUACUAAGAGAGGACAGAAUGGAGGACCUGCAAGCAGCAGUGGAGAUUGCUCAAAGAUGCCUGAGUCUGAAAGGAGAAGAAAGGCCAACAAUGAAAGAGGUGGUGCAGGAGCUGAUGAAGUAUUAAGUUGCCAAAACCCAGCUCUUGCAAGAAGUGCUGUAAUAAUUUUUAUCUAAGAUGGGUAUGUUGUGUAUUAUUACUAGAGCUUAUAAUUUUUGAGAAUUUCUAAUAGUUUAUGCUGCAAUUCUGUCAGUUCAAAUUAUAAAGUAUUUUGUAUAAGAAAGAAGAAGUUUCCUAAAAUAGGUCCUGACGUAUUGUUAUGAGAUACGUUUCUGUGGUCGUGUUUUCAUGAUCCAAACCAUUUAUGGGGAUGAG